GUUGAGGCCAUAUUGAGUGAUUAAACAUAUAAUUAUCAAAUUAGACAUGGAUGGCAUUGAACAAGAUGGGCAACAACCAAUCUUUAAACAUUAUUGUAGAGUUUGUAAGAAGGGAUUUAUGUGUGGUAGAGCUCUUGGAGGGCACAUGAGAGCUCAUGGGAUUGGAGAUGAAAGUGCCACCAUGGAGGAGGAUGAACAAGCUAGCGAUUGGGAGGAUAAUAGGAUUAGUAAUGAUGGUUGUGGUGGCGGUGAGAGGACGAGUAUCAAAAGGAUGUACCAAUUAAGAGCGAACCCUAAUCGCCUAAAGAGCGUUAGAGUUUGUGAGAAUUGCGGGAAAGAGUUCUUUUCCUGGAAGUCCUUCCUCGAGCACGGAAAGUGCAGUUCUGAUGAUGCUGAAUCUCUAGUGUCGUCCCCUCCCGGCUCAGACGAAGAUGAUGCCGAUGAAGAUUUCGGGAGGUGUGGGCAAGGAUGGUCAAAGAGGAAAAGAUCUUUAAGGGCAAAAGUGGGAAGCAGCAGCGGCUUUGGUGGUGCAACCGUUGCUGCUUCCGACGAAGAUGAAGACAUCCUCCUCGCAAAAUGCCUCAUUGAUUUGGCAAACACGACGGUGGACAAUAACAACAAUAACACCAAUAAAUAUAUGGUGGUGGAGCAGGAGGCGGAGUCCAUCACAACCUCCGCGGAGGAGAGACGGAAUCUCUCCACGGAGGAAAGACGGAAUAUGCCACCUUUCGUAGCUCCGCCAUCUAGCCGACCACGAUUUGGGGCCGUUCAAGAGAAGGCCAAAGGGAUAAUUUCUUCUUCUUCUUCAAAAGGGUUGUUUGAAUGCAAAGCAUGCAAGAAAGUUUUCACAUCACAUCAAGCCCUAGGCGGACAUAGGGCGAGCCACAAGAAGGUUAAAGGGUGUUACGCAGCCAAACAGGACCUGGACAACGACAACUCAUUAGGAGACGAUGAUCCAACCACCACUCAUGAUGAGUUCUUCCCGUCCAACAAAACAUCCUUGUACCAGCUCGAAAAUGGCGGACCGUCAAGAAGGAAACCCAAGGACCACGAAUGUUCCAUAUGCCAUAGGGUUUUCUCGACUGGGCAAGCCCUAGGAGGUCACAAAAGGUGUCACUGGAUCACGACUUCUAACUCCUAUUCCCAUGCAACCGACCACACUUAUUCCACCACCGCCGUCCCGAAGUUCCACUUCCACGGCCAAAGAACCCGACAAGAUCAACGGCCGCCGUCCGAGGCAGCCCUCGACCUUAACCUCCCGGCGAAUGGAGAUGACAUGUUGGCCGGUAUUAGGCGGGACCCACGAAACCUGUUGAGCUUUGAGGUAUCCACAGAUCCCCAGUGGACUCAACUGGACGACAACAAUGACUACUACAACAACGACAACUAUGUAGAAGUCGCCGGCACCGGCGCCGGCCAUGGUGUGACUAAUAAAAAUGAGGAUGAAGAAGAAGAUAAUAAAGUGGAACUAGCAAAGCUCAGUGACCUGAAAGAGAUGAGUAGUAGCAUUAAGGGUAAUGAUUCUCCAUGGUUACAGGUUGGAAUUGGUUCCACAGCUGAAGUUGGGGCUGAUUCUUAAUUAAUCAAGUUGAUUAAUUACUAAAUUGGCAUGCAGUAUGGAAAAUUUAAUAGUGUUGAAUAAUGAGUGUUUGAUUUUUUGCUU